GAGAAGGAAAUGGCAACACACUCCAGUGUUCUUUCCUGGAGGAUCUAGGGACUGGGGAGCCUGGUGGGCUGCCGUCUAUAGGGUCACACAGAGUCGGACACGACUGAAGUGACUUAGCCGUAGCAGCAGUACAUAAAGGCAGAACUAUACUACCUAUCGGAUUUGCUGAACCAGUUGGAAAAACCUCACCACCUCUUAAAAAAGAUGUGAGAGCCAGAGCUGAACCACCUAGUGCAAAAGCUACACCACCACCUAAGAAGAUUCCAGAAUUCCAUGCUGGAUCCAGAGAAGAAUCAGGAAGCAUUGACAUCAGGAGGAAAGGAGACUGGAGAAGAGCAGCUUCAGCACCCUCAAGUAAUUUGAGAGAAUGCUCAAAAACAGAGGCAAAAAGUGGCACCGGAGAAACAAGAAAAACUAUCCCAAAACAGGAUAUUUAUUUGAGAAUUCAAGUGGUCCCACCACAAAUUAGCCAAAGUGGUCCUAAAUACCAGCAUAAAAGAGAUUUAAGUGGCCCUGAAGAGAACUAUGAAAAGGGACAAAAACCGAAGCCUGAAGUGAAAGUUGAAAAGCUUCCUGAGAAAACUCUGAGUAAAGAAGGGAAGCGAGUAAAAGAUGAAAAAAGAAAAGGUAUCAGGGAGGUUAUGGACAAGGAAAAUAAAAUAGAAAAGGGCCAAUCAAAGAAAGGACAAAGUAUAAAAGAUGAAGGUGAAACUGGGGAACGAAGGGUGAAUGUGAAAAAGAAGGGAGACGAGGACACAGAUAAUAAAGACAAGAAGGGAGAUGAAGACAGGGAGGACCACGACAAGAAAGAAGAUGAAGAUAGCAACAAGAACAAAGACAAGAUGGAAGAUGAGGAUAAGACAAAGAACAAGGACAUGAAGGGAGAUGAAGAUAAGAUAAAAAUCAAGGAUAUAAAGGAAGAUGAGGACAAGACAGAGGACAAGGACAUGAAGGGAGAUGAGGACAAGACAGAGGACAGGGACACGAAGGGAGAUGAGGACAAGACAGAGAACAGGGAGAUGAAAGGAGAUGAGGACAAGACAGAGGACAAGGACAGGAAGGGAGAUGAGGACAAGACAGAGGACAGGGACACGAAGGGAUAUGAGGACAAGACAGAGAACAGGGACAUGAAAGGAGAUGAGGACAAGACAGAGGACAAGGACAGGAAGGGAGAUGAGGACAAGACAGAGGACAGGGACACAAAGGGAGAUGAGGACAAGACAGAGAACAGGGACACGAAGGGAGAUGAGGACAAGACAGAGAACAGGGACAUGAAAGGAGAUGAGGACAAGACAGAGGACAAGGACAGGAAGGGAGAUGAGGACAAGACAGAGGACAAGGACAGGAAGGGAUAUGAGGACAAGACAGAGAACAGGGACACGAAGGGAGAUGAGGACAAGACAGAGAACAGGGACAUGAAAGGAGAUGAGAAAAAGACAAAGGACAAGGACAGGAAGGGAGAUGAGGAAAAGACAGUGGACAAGGACAUGAAGGGAGAUGAGGACAAGAUAGAAGUCAAGGAUGUAAAGAGAGAUGAGGAAAAGAUAGAGGACAAGGACAUGCAAGGAGAUAAGGACAAAACAGAUGACAGGGACAUGAAGGGAGAUGAGGACAAGGCAGAGAACAAGGACAUGAAGGGAGGUGAGGAAAAGACAGAGGAUAGGAACAUGAAAGGAGAUGAGGACAAGACAGAGGACCAGGACAUGAAGGGAGAUGAAGACAAGAUAAAAGUCAAGGAUAUAAAGGGAGAUGAGGACAAGGACAUGAAGGGAGCUGAGAACAAGGCAGAAGACAAGGACAUGAAGGGAGAUGAGAAUAAGACAGAGGACAAAGACACAAAGGGAUUUAAGGACAAGAUAAAAGACAAGGACAUAAAGAGAGAUGAGGACAAAAAGAGCAAGAAUAUCAAAGGAGAUUCUAUGAAAAAAAGAGAUAAAAUAAAAAUGAGCAAAGAGGACAAGGAUAUAAACCAAAGAAAAAGUUCCAGGCAGAAAAAGGACAGUAAAAAGUCACACUGACGAAAAACAGCACCAGAUUUUAUAAACUAACAAACAGAAUUGAGUAAUUUCACUCCAACACUAUCAACUUCAAAACUAGCUUCCAGUCUUUUACAGUAUCAAUUAAAAUGAUAGAUUCCUCACAUUUCUUUAGCCACAAAAUUUCUGCUUCUUUGCUUGCAACCUGACAAAAAAUCCUUCAUAAAUUUCAUCUUCUUAGAUCUCUCAAUUUCAAACUUCAGCUUCCAAAUGUAAAUUUUUCAAAAUGUAAGUCCAUUAUGUAUAAUUGUCAACAAAACACAAUUUUUCUGAAAUAAAACCCUG